UGAGAAAUUACUCCACGUGCUUUCUCUUCCUAGUUUUUCUGUCUAUAUAUACAUCCCAAUACCAUUACAGAAACUGCAUAGCUUGAGGAGAUUCAACACCCAACAGAUUCGACUAAGCAAAUAGAAAAGCGAUUUAUCCAAGCAAUUUGAUCAAAGACAAUGCCGGUGGAGUUUGAGAUCGAGAUCAAUGUUCAAACCAGCACCAGGGGAGGUUAUCGAGAUUUCAUUGAGAAACUGCGUGAUCGAUUGGGCGUGAGAUUUUCCCACAAUCGUCCUGCACUUGCUGUUCAAGAGGAGCCACCCACUCGAUUCUUCGAUUUGGUAAUACGAACCAACGAUCACUCUGUGAGGUUCAGGUUGCGAAUGGAUAACCUGUACUUGAUUGGCUACCAGAUGCAGAACGGGCAGUGGUUGGAGUUCAACAACGAAACCGGUGUGCAUCUAAUUCGAGAACAAGGAACCGAAUUCCUAGGCUUCAAUGGUAGCUACAAUAUGUUAUCAAAUGUUGCUGGCCUGAGUAUGGAGGAAGUAAGAGUUGGCUUCUACAACCUAGGGUACGGUAUAAAUCAGCUUGCUACAUCGACAACUUGGAAGAUUAGGGCACGUUAUCUGAUUGGUGUGAUUAUGAUGAUCUGCGAAUCAACCAGACUAAUUCCUAUAUCCGACUAUAUGGCUACCAAUUUUGACAACUCGCAUGGCACUAGCUCUGAUGAUUACAAUAGUUAUGACAAUCGUAACCGAGAAGGCCAGAUCCAACCUUGGAUUACUACCUUAGUUCGUGCUUGGGACGCUUUCUCUGCAGCUUUGUUGCGUGCUGAUGCUUACCCAGAUGAAUCGUUUCAACUUCGAAGAAAUGUCGUGCGGCUUCCACCAGAUAACAGGGAAAUAAGAACUAUUUCCCAAGCUGCAGCAAUACUUGGCAUCUUGUUGGGACUUUGCUUCAGGAACAGUGGACAAAGAAGGUUCCCACGCAUGACCUUUGAUGAAGGACAAUGCUUUUUGGGCCUACCACUUGUGGAAGUGUUCUCGGUGAGCAUUGAUAACAUAGAUGGAGAGGAUCCCGGACAACUAUAUGGCACAAUCACAGUCGACGAUGGACUAAAUAUAGAGUACAUCUACAACCGCACAAGCAGCAACCCAGAAUCCAUCAAGCCAGGUCAAAAUGCUUCGCUAACUGGACCAUCUCAAUCCAUCAUUGCCAUCGGGAACUUUACCAUCAAAUUGCUUCUCACUGAUAUGUUGGUGAAUUCCGGCUCUCCCAUGCGCGGACCGGGGGUGUACUGAUAGUUGCUCAUCGAAGGAUUAAAGCACACUGACACAAUAUUUUACGUGGUUCGGCAAAACCGCCUACAUCCACGGGAGAGUCCAUAUUAUUAGAGAUAUAUAGAGAAAUGAUUACAACAUACAUGGAGGAGGAGGAUCACUUCACUCAAACUCAACUCCCAGCUCUUUUGUUGCACUUGCAGCUGCUGCAAUGGCAGCAGCCAUUACAGCUCUCUCUUUCUCUCCACUCUCUUGCACACACUCACGUUCUCUCUCAACCCUCUCACUUUGCUCUCAAAUAAUUGCCUUUUUUAUAGGCAAACAUGGUGAGCCCCUCCAGCACAUUUGUCAACAUGGAGGGGUCAACAAAGUCUUAAACCAUGGCAUGAAUUGUGGCACAAUUCAUGCUUCAACUUGCUUGGUGGUGGGGUAUUGCCACAAAUGACAAUAUCCUAACAAUCACCCCCUUGAUUAGACAUGUGAAAUCUAAUUCAAUUAUAAACCGAUGCGUUUUAUAGUUA